AAAGUUAUUUUUUUUAAAAGUGAAUGAACGGAAAGAAGAUGAAGGAUCUGAGGAAGAAGCAGCUGUACGUGUUGAUGGACGUGCUGUGCGUUGUAGUCGCGGCACUGCCCUUCAUCAUCAUGACCAUCAUGUUCAAGCCAUAUCAAAGAGGGGUUCACUGUGACGACGAGAGCAUCAUGUACCCCAUAAAACCAGACACCAUCACCCAUGGCAUGCUGGCGGCUGUCACCAUCUCCUGCACCGUCAUCAUUAUCUCCUCGGGAGAGGCUUAUCUGGUCUACAGCAAAAGGAUUUACUCUAACUCUGACUUCAACCAGUAUGUAACUGCACUCUACAAGGUGGUGGGCACCUUCUUGUUUGGAGCCUCCGUUAGCCAGUCGCUCACCGACCUCGCCAAGUUCACCAUCGGCCGCCCGAGACCCAACUUCAUGGCCGUAUGUGCCCCUAAGGUCUGCAUGGGAUACAUGCAGGUCAUCAACUGCACUGGCAGGCCUCAGGACGUCACAGAGUCCAGAUUGUCCUUCUACUCCGGUCACUCCUCUUUUGGAAUGUACUGCAUGCUCUUCCUAGCGCUUUACGUGCAGGCGAGACUGGUGGCAAAGUGGGCCAGACUUCUCCGGCCCACCAUCCAGUUCUUCCUGGUGGCCUUCGCGGUGUAUGUGGGUUACACCCGAGUUUCUGAUUACAAGCACCACUGGAGCGACGUGCUGGUGGGGCUGCUGCAGGGAGCGCUUGUUGCUGUACUCAAUGUGCGCUUUGUGUCAGACUUCUUUAAGAAGCGUCCUCCACGUUGCACAAGGCCAGACACGGCUGAUAGCGAAGAGCCGGGAAGGAAACCCAGCCUGCAGAUUGCAGACUCCGAGAACAGCAACCAUUACAACUAUCACCACAAUCCAGGUCCUGUGUGACGGGGGGGCUGAUACUAUAGGGAACAGAGGCUGCGGCCUGCAGACCUUGAACCUGUGUGAUAGGGUCCGACUCCGGGGCUUAAACCUUGAAUGUGAAGUCAACAGUGUUUAGUUCAGGGAAUAUCCAGGGUCAUCUGCAAUCCUGACCCUGUAGGCUGCAUGCAGCAGACUCCUGAUGCUAUGUGAGAAGUCCUAUGAGUGUGUGAUGUUAAAUUUUAGAGUGUCUUUAUGAAUUAUGAAACCAGCCCUGUAUGUCUGUUUGAGAAGAGUAAAGCUGGGGAUCAGGUCUGUAGCUUGCAGCCUCCAAACCCCCCUGCUCCCUCCCAAUGUGUCAACCACUCACACCCCACCUACUCCCCCAACCACUGGACUGACUGAGGGGGGCGGCAUCCCAUCGCCAGGUGCCUGAGUUCCCCUCUCAAAGACACCAUGAUGACCUCCUUUUCUCCUGUAAGAGAGAGAGGAGCAUAUUGUUUUUUUAAGACAUCAUUGUUGAUGUUGAAGCGCGUGUGCUUAAAGCUGCAUUAAGCGAAAGACUCCAAACCCACAGCAACAAAGCUAUGAUAUGCUAUUGCCUUAAUAAGUGUUUGUGUUAGCAGACAAGUUACACACAGCCGAAACAAAGGACUAUGGGAAUCCCAAGGAGAGUCCCUUCCUGCCAACUGACAAAUGUAAGUCUGAUAAUCACUCGCCUCCUGAGAAAAAUAUGUUCUCUUUGUUAGGAUACAUGCUCCACUUUCUUUACUUGUCACUUGUUUUUUAAGGCUCACUGUUUCGUAGUGAGCGUACAAUCUGUUUUUCAGACCAUGUUUGCAGGAAAUCACUGCCCACAAUUUUACAUAAUCCAUCAGUGAGAUCAGUUGGUUUCACCUAUAAGGACUGAUGAACUACAACAGCCUCAAAACUGCAGAGAUAUGGGACGGGAAGGUCGGGAUUCAUAGUACUAGCAACUAUUUUACUUACCAGGAGUUCUUUGGUUUUUAUGUUAAUAUCAAAUGUAUCGCUUAAUGUAGCUUUAACAAUUUUUGUAUGUUUUUCAUUUCUAUAUGUAGAGAGCCAAAUUUGUUGGCAGUGAUGAAAGAAACGAGAGGAAGUAAGACGAGAAUGUUUAGGAAUGUUGGUAAAGGCACAGUGUGUUGAUUAGCUUCAUUUUUAGUGCACCUUAAAAUGUCUACAAGCUACGAAGAGUGUUGCAAAUCAUACCAAGUAAUGGAAGAGGCAUCAGGUUCACAGUAGAUGAGCUUAUUUUCCCCUCAUAUCAUGUCAUGCUGUUGAUGAAAAUGACACACAAACUAAAAAAUGUCGGCUGCAGGCCCCCCCGAAGCUGCUUUGAAAGGAGAUAUAUAUCAACUUAAACAACAUUGGUCAACAUGAUCUGAACUUAGCUGACGAUUAAUUUUUUCCAGCUCUCCUAACAGCUGCACAAACAGGUCUGGGUAUUCACUCAGACAAACAAUAUAAUGUUUUUAAAAGUGGCUAUACAGGCUCGUCGUGCCCGUUGACUCACGCUACAACUCUGAUUCUAGAAGUGGAUUUCUACUACCAGCAAUUAUUCUUAGUGCCGUGUUUUAUCACUUUCAAAAGGGCAUAAAGAAAGGGUAGAUUUUAUGUCCAGACCCGGUCGGAUCAUCCUCAACAGUGGUGAUGCUUUUUCUAAAAAUGUUUAAAUCUAAUUGUGAGUUUUUUAAUGAUGUAUGUUUCCCCUGUGUGAGAUGGACUGCAGAGGUAGAAACCAUUGAUGCAGAUAGUGUUCAUUACCGUUGGACUUUAUGUGUCAUACCACUACUAUAUUGCCAAUCAAAUACAACGCAACAUGGUUUCUAUUCUGUUUUCUUUUUUUUCUGUUUUAUUGUGUUUUCUUAAUUUCACAAAUACUUUUAAUCAAAGAAGGAUGAGACAACCAUUUCAAAAAUGGUGUUUUAAUUUAUUUUAAAUACAAGAAGUUUUUUUUAUUUACUCGUACAAGGUUGGAAAUGCCAGCGCUGUUGAGGUUUAUGUGCAAUCACCCCUGCUUGCCACUAUGAGCCACAGAUACUGUAAAUGCUAAUGCUAUGAGACAUGUUUCAUGUUGCGUGAAGGAUGUAUAUAUAUGCUUGUAUGUUUUCAUUUCACAUGUAGGUGCAUUUUAAUUUCCCCUGUACAGUGUGCUUCUCAGAUUGGUGACUGUAGGAGUUGCCACACAAACGGAUCCAGUUCCAGGUCCAAAACAUAAUCCAGAUGCCUUGGCAGGGCUUUUAAAGGGCCAUUGUAAUGAUAAAGGGUUACAUACCCAACUGUGUUUUUGAAGCUAGUUACGCUGCAUCAUUCCCACUUGAAAGAUUCAUCUGUGUUCCCUUUCCCCUUCCUGUGUUGAUAGAUGAGGUUAAUUUGUGAAUAAGGUCUCCUGUACAGUUUUGUACAGAAUGCAGGCCCCUGGAGGAUUCACACAAGAUCAGAAAGACCACAAACCUGAUAGGGAAGGGGGGGGACAGGAAGACGGAGAGAAUCUCACCUGGUAGUGAUUGUGAGGCCCCGAAGCUGAGCCGGGACUAAAGAAAGGCGGGGUACUUUAAGGGGUUUGGGUGUGGGGGUAUCCCAUGGUGAACCUCGGCCCCUGGGGGACUUUUACACAUUUAAAACACACAUUUACAGCAAGAAACAGCUGGAACUGGUUGCGGUGAAGUGCUGUGAGAGCCCCUCUCCAGCUCCCCUGCAUCUGAAUCAUCUGGGUAUUACUGCUGCCACACUAAUAGCCUCCAAUGAGGAUGAGGUUCUAGAAACAUCAUGGUGUUUGAUGCCCCUCCAGCUUCACCGAGGCUCUCAGCUGGUCAUGUGGCUCCAUUUGUUUUAAUGCCUUAUUGGAUUUGUGCCUUUAAAGUACACGCACUGGUUGGCCAAUCACCUGUUUAUAUGUCCAUUUGUAGGUAUGAUUCACGUUGUUUGCUUUUUUUGUAUAUAGAUUAUAUCUAUAGGCUCUAAACCAGAGAAUUUUAAAUAAAGAUGU